GAGGGCACCGGGCACAGGUGAACGCCGCACAGGUGUAAGCGGGCGACAUGUGCGUCCUGAUAACACACGUCGGAGAGCUCCGCGCCGCAUACGCCGGGCUCGCGUCUCCUCUCCGCUAUGGUCCACGGGUGCGUGGGGCACUGCGCGCCCAUCCUCUUCCUGGCUCUGGUUUUCGAUGCAGCCGGCCUGGUCGUGCUCCUGACGGGGAUUUUCGGCAAGCUGAACGUGGACGGCCGCUUCUACGGGGAUUUCCUCAUCUACUCGGGCUCGAUCAUCAUCUCCCUCAGCCUGGUGUGGUGGGUCCUCUGGUACACGGGCAACGUCCAGCUGCACGGCGAGGACCGCGCGGGUCCCCUGCACGUCCGCUUUACGCACUGGGCCAGGAAGCUGUCCGAGCGGCUCUCCAAAGGCGGCCUGAAGCCCCUGGGGGCCGGGCAGCAGCAGCAGCAGCAGCAGCAGGAGGAGGAGGAGGAGGAGAAGAAGACGACGACGACGAAGAGCACGGGCCACGGGUGGGAGAUGAACGGGACCGCGCGCGCCUCCGCGCCGUCGUGGGGAGGCGGCGUGUCGGGUCAGGACAACGGGGGGUUUGACGCGGGGUCCGGGUGCGCGUCCCUGGCUGAUAAGAACGUGGAGCUCGGGAUGUUGAGGAGCUCGGACGUGAACCUGCAGGCAGCCGGAGACAAAGAAGAGAGGCUUCUCUGACAGGAGGUGACAUCCGGCUGUCCUUGUGUUGAUGGACGGACUCCCUCCUCAUGCUGCUUUCCAAAGACUGAAAAUCUUGAUCUUAUGAACUAACGUCACUUUUAUUUUUAUUUAAUUUUUUAAAAUAGGAUUGACAAUUUCUUAAUCAGGGAAAAGCCCCGCACUCGCGGUAACAACCAAAGGGCUGUGCACAGAGGGAGAAAUGUGUCUUUAACUUGUACAUAGCAGUUUGAUAUUUUAAUGUGCCGAUCUUUGAAACGAAUGUAAAUUAUUUUUUGGGGGAAUAAAGUUGACAUGUUAAUU